GCGAAAAGGGCUGGGGAUUGAAUAUUGUCUCAGAGGUAUGUGUAAGGGAGAAAGAGAGAGGGAGGGAGCAGUGACGGCGGGAUGGAUCGAAAUAGCCACAAACGAUGAGGAGAAACGAGGGAGAUCAAACAGGAGAAAGAAGGAGGCGGCGUAGAAGAAUACGCAACAAAGAAAGCAGGAAGGUAAUAAUGAUAAGAAAAAAAGGUCCGCACGAGAAAGGUAGCGAGAGACAAGCGGGAAUUAUAGCCAAGGAACCAGCCUCUUCGAGGGGGGGGGUGGUGGUAGUAGUAGUUUUGGGUGGUGGUGAUGCUGUUGGACUGGCACUAAAGCAGUCUAAGGGAUCUGAUAGAAGACCAAUUUGGGCACAAGUUUAGUCUCCCGGCCAGCAGAGCAAUGAAAUGCCCAGCAGCGCAAGACUGACUGACUUGCGA